AUGAGGAAACUGAGUGGGCGUUUUCAAGGUGCAGGGCCUUCGGAGAUACUCACCUUAAAUGGCCAUACAACCGAUCAAAAGGAGAUAGCAAAUGUCUUAGCCCAAACUUUCAGUGCAAAUUCUGAUGACUUGGAUCUGACGGAAGCAGAGAUCGACGUUCGAAAUCAACUGCAUCAGCUAAACAUAGUUCCAAAUGAUUAUGAAAUAAAUGACCUUAAUGAUGAUUUCGCCCCGUGGGAAUUGAAUUCUGCCCUUAAUAAAGUGAAAGGAAAAUCAACUGGCAAUGAUCAAAUCUCAUACUCUAUGUUGAAAAAAUUACCUCCCCCGGAACGAAAUGAAUUGCUGUCUCUUUAUAAUCGAAUCUAUGCGGCAGGGCAUUUUCCAGUACAAUGGAAAAAUGCGGUGGUGGUGCCCAUACCAAAGCCAGGUAAAGAUCCCCUCCAGCCGAGUAGUUAUAGGCCUAUCUCCCUCCUCAGUUGUCUCGGCAAGGUGAUGGAGAAGAUGGUCGCUGAAAGAUUGAUGUGGUGGCUCGAAUUUAACGAACUUAUCCCCAACAACCAGUCCGGCUUUCGGAAGGCAAGAUCCACAACGGACAACUUGGCUCUUCUUCAGCACUAUACGGUGAGAGCAUUGAAUGCGAGGGAGCACGUGACUUGGGUGAGCUUCGAUUUGGAAAAGGCCUACGAAAGAGUUUGGAGAAUCAAUAUUAUUAACCAGCUGAAGAUGUGGGGCCUCCGGGGAAGAAUCCUCAAAUAUUUGGAGGACUUUUUGUCAAGCAGAUCCUUUACCGUAGCAGUAGGCAACACCUUCUCCGAAUCACAGUGUCAGCAAAAUGGAGUUCCUACCGGAAGUGUGCUUAGCGUUCCUCUGUUCCUGAUUGCCAUAGCUUCGGUUUCACAUUCCUUAUCGAUGAUCUCUGUCGAACAUCUUCUCUACGCAGAUGACCUCAUCAUUUUCGCUAAAAGUAAAAAGGGAGGAAAACUUCAAAACAUUAUCCAGAAUGCGUUGGAGACUUUGGGAACGUGGUCGAGAGAAUUUGGCUUUAAAUUCUCGGCCGAAAAAACCAAAUUUAUACAUUUUUGCAGACUAGAGGGUUGCGAACCACCGAGGCACAGCUUGUACGGAAUUCCUAUUGAACCUACAACUGUCCUCAGAGUCUUGGGAGUCCUCUUUGAUGAGAAGCUAAAUUUCAGAAAGCACCUGCAGGAGCUUAAAUCCAGCUGCUUAAAAAGACUUAGAAUCAUUAGAAUCCUCAGCAGCACGAAGUGGGGCAGUGAUCGAAGGCAACUUCUUCAUAUUGCCCAAGCGUUGCUGGGAGGUAAGUGUGACUAUGCCUCUCAGGUCUUUGGAACCGCCUCCAAAACAACUCUCAGCACAAUCAAUGGAGUCUUCAACACGGCAAUUAGACUGGCAACGGGUGCUUUCAAGUCUUCUCCCACAAUCAGUGUACUUGCAGAGGCAAACGUUCCCUCCCUCGAGGAGCGAAGGAGUCUCCAACUGGUGAGGUGGGCUAAUAAAAUCCGUUACGAGCCAAAACAUAUAUUACAUCGAGAGUUCCGGAGCGUGGAGGGCCGCCGUGGCGGAAGGAGACGCCUGGUGUCGGUGGUGGACAUGGCCAGGGAGGCUCUGUCCCGACUGGAGCUGCCGGAGUUCUCACGACAGCUAAACCAGGUCUGCCCAUUCCCCCCGUGGAGGUUUAACCCUGAGUGUCUGGAUAUAAGCUUGGCACAGCUUAGGAAAGAGAUCACUCCUUCCAAAACAUACAGGAUCCUUUUCCAGGAAAAGCUAUCCCACUUGGGAGGAUACAGCUGCUACUAUACUGACGGCUCAAAGCAGGAGAGUGGCACGGGAUUUGGAGUGUUCUCCGGGGACGCGGGGCUGUCCUGCUCAGUGUCUACAAGCGGCCUUGUGUCCAUUUUCUCUGCCGAAGCAAAAGCUGUGCACCACGCAUUAUCUGUGGCGUCACCACAUCAGGGCAGGACGGCGAUCCUCACUGACAGCCUUUCGGUUGUGCAGGCCCUCGGUGGUAGCGACAACCAUCACCCCACAAUCACAAAUAUAAAGAUGCUUGUUUAUAGCAAUCCCCACGACACUCGCAUUGUCUGGAUUCCUGGGCACUGUGGGAUCGCUGGUAAUGAAAAGGCGGACGAGCUGGCGGGAGAUGCGGCCUCCAAGCGGACGGUGGAGGACAUCUCAGUGCCGCUCGUAGACCUCCAAAGACGAUGCAAAGAGAAGUGGAUUUCUCGGAGGGGAGCGGCUUGGGCCAACCUCUCGGAGGAAAAUAAGCUGAGAAGCAUUUGUGACGACCCCCAAAAACUUCCUCACCCCGUCCUGAACAGAAGACUCCAAACAAUUCUCACCAGAUUACGCGUAGGCCACUCCAGACUCACCCAUUCCUAUCGCAUGGUCGGUGCUCAGCCCCCGAUAUGCGAUUUCUGUUCGGACGAAGAUGUGCGUGUUGUCGUCUCUGUGCAGCACGUGUUGGAAGAUUGUGCUGUUUACCGCAACGAAAGAAGUGAAGUGGGAGGGGCUAAACGCGAAUAUCGCGAGUGCGGUGCAAAUGCUAAAGCUGUUUCAAGCGCAUAUGGCCGCCCGGACGCCGCGCGCUUUCCCACAACAACAACAACAACAAUAGUCCAGAUAUAG